UCCAUCGCGGAAUGUUUUGAAACCGGGCAAACCGAAGCUUUGAUCCAGUUGUUCUUAGUCCUUGAAGUUGCCUUCGGUUUAAAAGUGCUUUUUUUAAAAAAAAAAGAAAAGAAAAGAAAGGUCGAUGGUCUCCUAGACAUCUUCCCUAAAAACGAUUCUCUUGACCCAGCGAAGCUUUCCAAGUUUAAAAUAGGACGUUACCUUGCCAGAAGUGAAGAUGGUGUCGCCUCUGAAUUUGGGCGAAAUUGAAGCGAGAGCGCCCUAUUCCAAAAUGGCUGCCGAGACAGACAGCCCAGUAGAGGAGCGUCUUCUUUCGUUUCCCCUGUGGUUUGGGACCCCGAGCGAGAAAGUGACCUGUCCUUAUGAUGCUAAUCAUCAAAUGCCUAAAUCUUCCUUGGAGAAACAUAUGAUAUCCUGUAGAUUGAGGAAACUAGAAUAUUCUAAAGAGGAGGCUAAAAUGUAUGAUUCUACUUUUUUCUAUGACAAAGGCAACAUUCCUAAAGUUCAAAUGGACAAAGAUUUGCAAUUUGACAUUAUUAAAAAAGCUAUGGCCAAAGAGUGUGGAAAUUAUUGCCCAGGAACUUAUUCAUCUCAGCCUGUGGAAGUUCCACAAAACCACAAGCGUUACAUUUGUGAUCUGACCCAAGCUGACCGCCUUGCAAUUUACGAUUACGUCCUUGCAGAGACAAAGAACCAGAGGUCAAGAUCUCAUCCGACAGAAAAUGACAGUGAUCUAUUUGUAGAUUUGGCAGCAAAAGUCAAUCAAGAUGAUGGCCAGAAAGGUCCAAAAUCUCAUCUUGAAAUUCUUGCAGAGAUGCGGGAUUAUAAAAGGCGGCGGCAAUCAUAUAGAGCUAAGAAUGUUCAUAUAACAAAGAAAUCUUACACAGAGGUAAUCAGAGAUGUGAUUGGUGUACACAUGGAAGAACUUAACACUCAUUGGCAGGAGGAGAAUAGAAAUACUGGGGUUCAAGAAGAUGAAAAGUCAUCUUUUUCAGCCAAGUCUUCAGGAAGUAAAGAAGAGCGAAGAUCUGCAUCAGUUGAUUCAAGACAGUCUUGUGGAAGUUCAAAAGAUACUGAUUAUUCUCGACAUAGGCGGAAUUCCAGCAGAAGUCCAGGCAGACGGAAAAGAAGUCGGGAGAAAGAAAGAGAGAGAGAUUCCCGAAGGAAAAGAGAUAGAGAUGAAGGAAAACGUCAUAAAAGAAGAAAGUAAUACUUGCAUUUCUAUUACAAGAGAUGUGGAGCCAAACCAAGUUGUAGCUGUUUAAUUCCAGUAACAUAUCUGACAGCUAAGAUGAUAGCUACUUUAAUAAAUAUCAUUUGAAAUCACUAUCACACUGCCACCCAGAGUUAUGUUACUUUGGAUAGUGAAAUGGAUGACAUAAAAAUUUAAUAAAUAAAAAAUAUGUUGUUUAAUUAUUCACAUAAACAAUUACCACCUUUUAAAUCAAUUGUUGUUGGUUCUAAUAUUAAACUAUUCUUAAGAAACAUUUGUUUUAGUAACAUUCAUCAAAAUAUUCAGUCUUUGUUUUAACAAAUA